AUGGCUAAUGAUGGAAAUGGUACCGAAUCAUCAUUCAGUGGAGCUGAUCCCAUGGAAAAAAUUAUGGAAAGAGUUGUUAGUUUCUUGCAAACUCUGCAGAACAAUAUAACCAAUGGAUUACCGGAACAUCGUGAAAGGCCAACUACGAUUAAACAGUUCCAAGACCUGAAACCUUCCACGUUCACAGGAGACUCGAACCCAUUGCUAGCUGAAGCUUGGGUUAAAGAAAUGGAAAAGAUUUUUCAUGCUCUACCCUGUACAGAAGAACAGAAAGUGUCAUUCGCCACCUUCACUCUUAAAGAAGAUGCGCAAGAAUGGUGGUUUCUUACCUUAGAAAAGGAAAAGAUCGUAACUUGGGCGAAAUUCCUAGAAGUAUUCUAUGAAAAGUGUUCUCUAGAAUCACUACAGGUGCAGAAGGCAUCAGAGUUCCUACACUUGAGGCAAGGAACAAUGUCGAUAGCAGAAUACGAAACAGAAGCCCAAAAAGCUAGGAAAUUUGAAGCGGUGUUGGAUGUUGAAAUCAAAGAUAAGGUCCAGGUCAGGGUCAUCACAAUCCCCAAGGGUAGCACCAUUCCGAAUUGUCCAAGUUGCAGAAAAACUCAUCAGGGACAAUGUUAUCAGGCAAUAGGAGCAUGUUAUAGAUGUGACCAAGUUGGCCAUUUGGUGAAAGAUUGUCCGAAAUUCACCAACUCUGUGAUAGGUACCCCUGAACCAGUUCAAAAACUAGGAACGGUCACAAGAAUGAGGAAGGAACAAAAGCACCCAAGGAAAGCUUUCGCUUUAGUACCUAGAAACUCCAAUGCUGCAAAGAACGUUGUGUCAGGCACGCUCUCUAUAUGUGAUCAUUCAGCUCAUAUUCUCAUUGAUUUUGAAUCCACUCAUUCUUGUGUUUCUCCACAUUUUACCCCCAAAUUGACAUCAACACUUGAACCUUUGGGAUAUGCAUUAGCUGUGUCUUUUCCAUCUGGUGUUUCCGCACUUAGUACGAAAGUAUACAAAUCCUAUGCCAUAUCCCUAAAAGAUGAAACCUUGUAUGUGGAUCUGACUCCACUUCGCAUUAGUAGGUCCUACAUAAUCUUAGGGAUGGAUUGGCUUGCUGCCAACCAUGCCUCUAUCUACUGUACAACCAAAAAGGUCUUUCUUUGA